GGGUGUCCGUUGGCCCCGAGCAGGGCCCCAAAGGGCGCUCGUCGGAGCCGGUGCCCCGGUCGGACCCCGGGAUCUCCGUAGCCUCGGCCCGCACCGGUAACUGUGUGUCUGCUCCUCCAGGGUCCCGAGACGCCGGGAAGAUGGGCCGCGAGUUCGGGAACCUGAUCCGGGUGAGGCACAUCAUCUCCUACAGCCUGUCCCCCUUCGAGCAGAGAGCCUUCCCCAACUACAUCACGAAGGGCAUCCCGAAUGUGUUCCGCAGGACGCAGGCCUCCAUUCUGCGGGUCGCCCCCCCCUUCAUAGCCUUUUACCUCCUGUAUACCUGGGGAACCCAGGAGUUUGAAAAAUCAAAGAGGAAGAAGCCAACUGACUUUGAAGAAAACAAAUAAGCAACACGGAGGGAAGUGCAACCGUCUUGGUUCCCUGUGACUUGGGGCACCAAUAGAAGAAGAGUGUAUAAAGAUAGUUCAGAGAUGUAAUAAACUUCACAUUUUACAAACUGUAA